AUGGAGACAGAAGAGAGGAACCAGAGAGCGUGUAAGGCAACAGAGCCAGAGUUCUUCUUGCAGUGGGGAAGCAGAAAGCGUCUGAGAUGCGUGCGGGUGAAAGAUCCUCGGAUUUCAACUAGGCUCAACGGUGGUGUCAGAAGGAAACUCAAUUCCGGAGCGGAUAAUAAUCGUUCCGGUGUUUCUCUUUCUGAGAAAGAAACUUCACAUAUUCAUCAUCAACAACCGAACCGUCUCACAAGGAAUUCCGACUCGGCGGCUCUACGACCUUCGGCCGGAGAUAGUCGGAAAUCGGCAUCGCCGGAGAAGGAAGAUCGGUACUACACGACGAGGGGUUCGGCGGAGGAAAACGGUAAAGUUACCGGCGAUGUUAACAACGGUGAAGAGAGAGCUCUUGUUUGGCCUAAGCUUUACAUCGCUCUGUCUAGCAAAGAGAAAGAAGAAGAUUUUCUUGCUAUGAAAGGUUGUAAGCUUCCUCAGAGACCCAAAAAGAGAGCCAAAAUCAUCCAAAGAAGCUUAUUGUUGGUGAGCCCUGGAGCAUGGUUGACUGAUAUGUGUCAAGAAAGAUAUGAAGUUAGAGAGAAGAAAAGUAACAAGAAGAGGCCAAGAGGAUUGAAGGCUAUGGGAAGUGUGGAAAGUGAUUCCGAAUGA